UAUUUUCACCCCUAUUAGAUAUAUGGUAUCAUCCACCGAUUCUAUGGCGACCAAACAAAUAUGGCGGACGUAGAACAGGCAUCAGUUGAUGAGGGAGGGGGGAGCAUUGGUCCUGGGAUCAGUGUGAUGAGUCUGAGUGACAUUCCUGAGGAGCUGAAACCUCUGGAGGGAGACCCGUAUAGCGAAGAUGAGACGGAAUUGAGAGCCCUGUUGUCCAAACCAACAUGUUUCAUAGUCAUAGGAAAGCCAGGGUCUGGCAAAACCAUGCUGGCACAAAAACUGGCAAUGACAUGGAAGGCACAGCUAGUAAAUCCCACUGACAUCAUCAACCAGAACAUAGAACUACAGACAGAGAUGGGAAUAAAGUGCCAAGAAAUCCUCCUUCGAGGAGAAGCCAUCCCAGAAGAAAUGGUGGCCAAGAUGGUCCAGGAUAAGAUCAACUCUUCAGAGGUCACACAUCACGGCUAUGUUCUGGAUGGGUUCCCCUGUAUGGAUGAGAGUUACAUGAACAUCCCAGAACAGCUGGAGCUUGUCAAGAACUGGAAACUCAAACCUGACUUCAUUGUCAAUCUCAAAAUUCCUGACAAAGAUCUGGAGAAGCGGCGACUAGGACAGAGGGUGGACCCCCUGACAAAUGAACUCUACCCAGAAGACAUCUGGAACCCAGAGAAACCUGAGCCUAAACCCCAGAAGGGGGAGGGGGAGGAAGAGGAGGAGGAGGAGGAAGAAGAAGAGGAGGAAGGAGAGGGAGAGGAGGGAGAUGAAGGGCCUCCAGAGCUGGACCCAGAGAUCCUGGCUCGCCUGGUAAAGAGAGUGGAGGACCUGCCUGAGUAUAUCACACACAACAUACAGGAGUAUAAGGACAACAUGCUCAGGACACUGGAGGACUACAUGGCUGACCAUGACCAGCAGUACCUGAUUGAGCUGGACGCCAACAGCAACCACCGCCUGCUGUUCACCCAGCUGAUGACCAAGCUGGACACGUUCAUCCUGCGGCGCGCGGCGGUUCCCAUCCGCCUCCACGACCAGGAGGAGGAGGAGCUCCCCGAGGACAUGGAGACGGAGGAACUGCUGCGCACGCUGGCCAGUAAGGAGACGGUCGCGCCACGCUUCCGCUGGAGACGCAGCCGCUGGCUACGGGUCUGUCCUGUCGCCAUGUCGGAGGGCAACCUGGUCCAGGGGAAACCUGAAUUCGCUGUCAGUUUCCUGGACAAGAUAUAUGUGCUAUCCUCCCCAGAGGCAAUGGAAAAGUUCUUGAAGAACCCCCGGCCCUACUUACUGCCCCCUCUGCCCAGACCCCCCUGCAAGCUCGUGGUGACCGGACCCCCCACUUCUGGCAAGACCUCCAUAUGUCAUCUACUGGCUCAGAAAUACAAUGCUGUGGUGUUGAGCAUGCAGGAGUUGAUCAAGCCUCGUAUAGAGAUGGAGAAGGAGAAGAUGAUUCAGAAGGUCCGAGAGGAGACGUUAGAAUCCUCCAUCAACCUGGUGAAGAUGAGGCUGGAACAGGAGGCUCUGGAGAAGGAAGAGACUGUCUCUGAGAAGGGGGAUGUAGCAGAGACAGAUGAGCCCACAGAGGAUGCUGCAAAGGACUCAGAGGGGGAGGGUGGAGAGGAAGGAGAAGAAGGAGCUGCAGAAAAGGCUGCAGAAGACCAAGAGGAGAAACCUGAUGAAGGGGAGAAGGAAGAAGGGGAGAAAGACCAGGAGGGGGAGGGGGACCAAACAGCGGAAGAGCCAGCGGAAGAGCCUACUGAGAGCAAACCAGAGCCACCAAAAGCACCUGAGCCCAUUGUCGUUGAUGCUAACCACCCUGAGGUGUUGAAGAUGGUGGAGGAUGCGGUGAAGGAGGCAGAGAAGCAGACGAUCACCAUCCCACCUGACGUGUAUGUGGAGGUGAUGGAGGAGAAGAUCAAGGAGGUGGAGAACAACCUGCGUACGAAGAACCCAGACGGACCCUUCUUUGGUGGCUGGAUCCUGGAUAACUUCCCCAACAACCGUGACCAGUGGGCCGCCAUGGUGGACAAGAACAUCUGUCCCGACGAUGUCAUAUGUCUCCGGGACAGCAGCGAGAAUGGUGCGUACCUGCUGAAGCGUUGGUACAAGGUCAACCAGGAGGAGGUCGACGAGAAAGUCCGCGCCAGGAAGGUAGAAGAGGCUGCCGCGGAGGCAAAGGCAGCCGAGGAGGCUAGGUUGGAGGAGGAACGUGCAAGGAAGGAAGAAGAGGAACGAGAGAGGCAGGCUGCAGAGGAAGAACGGCGCAGGAAGAUCGAGGCAGGAGAACUCAGCGAUGAGGAGGAGGGUGAGAAGCCUGCGGGGGAAACGCCCGCGGAAGGCGAGGUUCCGGCAGAACCUCCGUCCGAAGCCUUCCCCGGCGAGGCCGUUACCCCCACCCAGGGGGAGGAACCCCCCGAGGGGGAGGGGGAAAAGGUGGAGGGAGAGGAGGGGACGAAAGAUGAGGAUGAGGAGAAAGAGAAAGAAGAGGAGAAAAGCCAGAUUGACGAGGAGAUUGAGGAGGAAGAGUUGAAGGAAGAAGAAGAAGCAGAAGCCGCCUCCCCUAAACCCCCAGCCGAGCCGGAGGCCCCUCCACCAGAACCCCCUGCACCAGAGGAAGAAGUUCCACCAGAACCUACCCCGCCACCAGUGUCCCCAGUGCCCCCUGAGGGACCAGAAGUGGAGCAGUGGCGUCAGGAGAGGGGAGAAUUUGAGCGGGAGUGGGCGUCGCUGAAGGCUGUGAUCUCAGGAACCUCCUCACUCAUGCCCAUCGAUAUAGAGGUGGAAGGGAAGACUGAGGACAAACAACUGGAGGAUGCCAUCCACAGAAUUGAGAUGACGUACCAGUACCGUGGGUGGGAGUACACGGGGAUGGACAUGGAUGAGGAUGAGGAGGAUGCUGCAGGCGGGGAGGAGGAGGAGGAAGAGGAGGGGGAGGAGGAAGAGGAUGACGAAAUACGGAAAAGCAAGAGAAAGAUGUUUGGUGACACCAAGCACUACGACCCUGUGUCCCUGAAGCAGAAGUUUGUCCUGUGGCCGGGCCUGGCAGAGCUGGCUGCCAGGUACAGGGAGAGGACCUACUACUUCGCAAACCCUGAGAACAGGGAAACUUUCCUUGAGAGCCCCACUGACUUCCUGUCCAAGAACGGACCACUCAAGCCCCCGCCCCUGAGACUGGUGAUGCUGGGUGCCCGCGGGGCGGGGAAGUCCCUCCACGCCCGCCAGCUGGCCAAGAACCUCUCCAUCUUCCACAUCUCCUUCAAGGAGCGGCUGCAGGAGCUCAUCAUCGCCAAGACCAAGAAGAAGAUCGGGCCGGCCUACCCUGAGGACGAGGAAGAACCAGAAUAUAGCCCAGAGGAGAUUGCUGCCAUGACAGCUAUCACCGGACCUGACGGUCAGCCGGUCACCAGUACAGGACUGACCGACUCAGCUGCGACUGAAACCUCAGAGGCUGAGGAAUCAGCUACAGACGAAAAAGAAGGAGAGGAAGGGCAAAAAGAGGGCGAGACAGAAGAAGAGAUACCGCUGACAGAGGAUGAGGAAGCUAUCAAGAACAACCUGGAGUCAGAGGAUGCCCUCCCACCUGAUGUCUUAGACAAGAUUGUGCCUGAAUGGUGGAACAAGGAGCCUUUCAAGUCCACAGGUUUUAUCCUGGAGGGUUUCCCGCGGACGCCAGACGAGGCACGGUACAUGUCGGAGCAGGGCCUGUUCCCGGACGGGGCCGUGCUGCUGCUGGUGGAGGACACAGACAUCAUCGACAGGCUGCUGCCCCCCCGCCUCGCCAAGUGGCGCGUCAACAGGAACAGGAGGAUCGCUAAGAAGGAGAGGGCCAAGGCCAAGAAGAAGAAAGAGAGGGAUGAGGUGAUUGCUAAGAGAAGAGCGGAGCUGGAAGCCGAGAAAGCAAAGCUGAAGGAAGAGCGUCGACUGGAGAGGGAGGCACAGAGACAGGCGGCUAGAGAGAGCGGAGCAGAGGAGUCUGGAGCAGAGGAGGAGGAGGAGGAAGAAGAAGAGGAGGAAGAUGAAGACGACUUCAACAUUGAUGAGAAACUGGCAGAGGAGUUUGAGGAAGAGGAAGAAGAAGAAGAGGAGGAGGAGGAAGAGGAGCAGGAUGCCAUCGACAGGAUGAAAAAUGAACUCAGUGAACAGUUUGAUGAUGACAACACCAAGAUGGCAUCAGUACAGGAAACUCUGGAGGAGAUCUUCAUCCCUCGUAUGGAGCUCCAGGCCAGUAAGAAGCCCCACAUUGUGAGGUACACCAUGUACAACAAGCUGAAGCCUCUCAUAGACUUCAGGGACAGCAUGUUUGAGCGGGUCUACCCACUCAGCGAGAAGCUGGCCAGGAAGAUGCUGGAUGUCGGGUACAAGCAGCCAUCUUGUUUCGGCAUGUGGGAUCCUGUCAAGAUGCUUGAGGAUGGAGACGUGAUCCAGCCUCUGCAGGGCCCCAACAACCCCACGUUCCCCGUCAUGUACCGCCAGCACAUCUACUUCUUCAGCUCCAUCCCCACCAGGGAGAAGUUCAUCAGGCACCCCCUCAUGUACAUCAGACAGCCCCCAGCCAUGCCGGUGGUCCCCAUCAGGAUGGCUAUCAUCGGCCCGCCCAAGUCUGGCAAAACAGCAUUGGCCAAUCGGUUUGUCCAAGAGUUUGGUGUCAUGAGGAUCUCCAUUGGAGAGGCCAUCAGGAAUGUCCUGACCAAUCAGAAGAAGUCUGACCUGGCUAAGCUGAUCAACGCCCAGCUGUACAAGGGUCUGACUGUGCCUGAUGAGCUGGCUGUGCAGGCACUGGAGGUCUCACUCAUGGACAUGGUGCCACAAACUAGAGGCUAUGUCCUGGACGGUUUCCCUGUGACCAAGCGUCAGGUUGACCUGAUGACCCAGCGUGCCAUCAUCCCGGUGGUCGUUCUGGAGCUGCAAGUGUCCGGCAAGGAGGUCAUCGUCCGAGCUGGCAAGGACAGGUCAUCACCUAACAGAACCCUUCCCCUGCACGACAGUCCGCAGAUCAUGGCCAUCAAGCUGGCUGCGUGGCAGGAGCAGGUGGGCGGAGUCAGGAAGUGGUACCAGAGCGAGCACCGCAACUGGCUCGGCGUGGACGGCGAGCGCUCCAAGUGGUGGGUGUGGAACAAGGCCAAGAACGAGUCUCACAAGAGCGUGCAACAGAUCCAGACCUACCUGAAGAGCAUUGGACAAGGGAAAGCAGCAUCCAUUGCAGACAUGUGUGUGACCCCAUCAGAGUGUAAGGCUCGGCUGGGAGACUUUGGGGAGUACUGCCCGGUCAGCCUGGCAAUAACAGGGGAGCUGGUGGACUGUUCCACCAACCCUUCACUGGAGUUCACCGCUGAGUUCAGGGGACACUACUACAAGAUGGCUGGUAAGACAGAGCUUGAGAAGUUCCUGGCCAACCCUGAGCAGUUCACCCCUCCCCUGGCGCCGCGUAAGCUGCCGCCGCCCGAGCUGCUGCCACAGAGGAGAACGUCCGACGAGGUCCGACUCAUGUUCCCCAAACAGAUCGAACUGCAGGGAUACUGUCCUGUUACCUUCCUGGAUGGCAAACUCAGAUAUGAGGCCAUUGUUCCUGGGAACAAUGAGUUGGUGGUGGAGUACAAGGACAAGCUGUAUGUGUUUGAGACAGAGGAGAAGCUCCAGAAGUUCAUGAGGUUACCAGAGAAGUACUCAGACCUGAAACUGCCCCACAAACUCCCACCCAAGAAGGAGCCCAUCCCCAUCAACUCCCUCCCCAUGCUGGGCUACAUGGAGCAGACAGUCGCCACGGCGAUCACCAAGUCACUCACAGCCGUGGGCUGCUUCAAACCCAAGUACCCCUUCAUGGGCACCACCGAGUCAGCUCUGCUCUAUAUCGCCUUCCAUCUAAAAGCUCACAACCCCAAAGCCUCGGAAUACGUGCGUAAGAAGUACAGGAAGAAGCUGCAGCACUUUGAGGAGCAGUGUAACCUGAUCAAGUUCCUGGGCGAGCACAUGACCAGGAGGUACCGUGAGCCGCAGGAGAGACCCAUCGGAUUCGACGAGAAGAUGGAGGUUUUCCUGGCGCUGAGGGGGCACGGACCUGCCACCACGUGGGUCGCUUAGGGGGGCUAUAGCGUAGACAAUGACUAAAUUUACAUACGAGAAUUCUACCUGUAACAACAGCAUCUUUAUGUAUGUACAGACUGUGUAGGUCCCAGUGCGGGACGUAUGAAAUUGUUUUCUUGUGUUCACAAGGGUAGCACAUGGGUAUAGGUUGAAAUGUUUUACUUGUACACUCAAGAAUUUAGAAUCCUGCAAAUCUACACAUCAGUGGUCUGGAAGAAAAUUUUUAUUGUACACUACUUGAUAUGCUGCACAAACCUAUAUGUGAUUUUAUCUAUGCAAAAUGCAUAUUUCUCUUUGCAACUUCAGGGUGCCUUACCAGCAAAUUUACAAGCUGUGCACACAACGAUGCAACGUACAUCUAUUACUGUCUGUCAAACUUGGCCCAAGUGACCUUUUAUCCUGAUAGUCCAUAUAGACAGGGUUAUGACCCCUAAUAGGGGUCCAGACCAGUGAAAUGGGACCAAUUAUGUUGUUCUGCUACAUUGGCUACACUUCAUUUGGAUCCUAGAUGGCACUCCAUGGGGUAAACACUGGUAUUAUGUCCAGGAAUGAGGGCAAGGCUAUAUGGCUAAAAUGCAGGAUAUGUGUAAAGGUGGAUAACUUGGCUUUCCUAAUUCUCAAAUCUUUCCAUCUUUGCAAAUUUGCAAAUAUUUUUCACACUGUAUAUUCUAUAUUUCUUCUGUAUACAGAAGAGCACUUGAGGUUGGGUUGUCUGCAAAGUAGAGUCAGGUGUAAUGUGUGUCUGCAUCAUUCCAUGCCUUGUGGUCCAUGAAUUAUUAAAGGAUGAUGUGGACUGAUGCAAAAACAUGUUGCAAGAAAAGCAGACGUUUCAAGAAAACACUUUGCUUUUCCAAGCCAACAUCUACUUACAUUUUACAGAAGUUGUAUUUUAUGACAAAUGUUACUUAAAAAGCUUCCAGUGUUUACUCCAUUUGCAUCUUUAUGUCAUGAAAGUGUACCAUCAACAAUGUCAUCCUAGACAUUUUUAGUAUUAGUAACUGAAUUCUACCAUGUCAUUGAUUUUAGUUAUCAUCAUAGUCCGUCCAGUAACUUAAUAUAUUUUUCUAUCCAGCCACUUCUCAAGUGAAUAUGUAUAUGUAAUUCUGCACUUUUUAGAAGGAUGUUUUACUGUAAAUAUAUGGGUGAAUUCUGUGGCACACAAUAUUGAAUUCCUCAAUGUAUAUUUUGGCUGAAAAUUUCUACAAAGUGAAUCUGCAUUUUUGUGGUUUUACACACAAAAUAACUUUUACACAAGAAUGAUCCUUUACUGCUGUGUUGUAUAUAUAGAGCGGGGUUGUAACUAUUAGACAAAUGACUGAAUAAAAUGUCUGU